AUGGUGGAUUUGUCCCCCACGGAGAGAAAACGUCAACGAGAUCGCCGAGCCCAACAAAAUCUUCGCGACAAGAAGUUACGCUAUACGGCCAGCCUUGAGCAACAGGUAGCUCACUGUGAGGAGCAUCACGAUGAAAAAGGUGUUAAACGCCUUCUUGAAAUAAUUGCAGGACUUCGCAAACAGAAUGAAACUUUAAUAGCGCGUCAAGCCGCUUUGAAGGGCUUGGUUUCAUCUUGGGAUGACAAAGUCCAAGAGACCAAUGUCCCGAAUCCGUGGCUGGCUCAAGGCAUGGAUUCCGGAAAGUCCAGCAAUCCAAAGCCAAUGCCAGUUCCAGAAGAUUCUGUACCUCUGACGAUAAUCAAAAAUGUCUCGUCUUCCAAUAUUUGCUCGGUUGAGACAUCUCCUUGGAAUAAACUUCCGCUUUACUCGGAUGAUUUUUCGGAUAUGAAAACAGUGUCUUGUCCCUGGUUCGCCUACCCGGAUAAGAUCAACGCCUGUCCUGACACGCCAUCUUCCCCGCUGGAUAUUCUCUACGGUAGCCAGACGAACAUACUGGCAAACAUGAUCCACCUUGCGUUAGAGCGUCGUCCAAUCCGUGACCCAGAGAGACUGGCUAUUGGCUGGAUAGUGUAUCAUUUCUCGCGUUGGAUUGUGGCACCCAGUCCAGCAAAUUAUGAGAGACUCCCUUCUUUCUUGAGACUCACUGAAGAUCAACUGACCAUACCACACCCAAUUGCAUUGUCUGGUAUUCCCUGGCCCAAAGUACGGUCAAACAUGAUUCGGCAGUGGCAUAUAUACGAUUUGAAUCGGGAGGCCUUUUUUGGAAUGUUUGCUUGCUGUAUAAAAAUCAGAUGGCCCUGGGGCGUGAAGCUUCUGGAGCGUACAGAUGACAACCAGCUACGGAUCAAACCCGCUUUCUACGACACGUUUAUGAGAGAAGAGGGGUGGGGUAUUACCACAGAGUUCAUAAGUCGAUUUCCUGAUUUGAUGACGGAUGUAGAUGUUGAUUCGAUCAUUUUCACAAUGUGA